AUGCCUCAAAUUGGUUCAUGUACUGAUUUAACAUGUGAUGAAGAAAUAAAAGAUUUGUAUGAAUGCCAUUGCUGUUCAUGUCUUGUUUGUUUAAAUCAUUUGAUCGAGCAUGUUGAAACAGCAAAACAACAUAAAAAACGACUACAUAGUCUUAGUAAUGAAUUAAACAUAGUUACAACUACAUUUAAAUUAAUUAUUGAAGAAAAACAAGCUACUAUUGAACGUGAAGAAAACUUGAUUGAAGAAGCAAAUAAAUUUCUUGAUGUAUCCAAUUGUUCAAUAGAUGAAAUUCAAAAUAUUCUUGAACAAAUUAAUCAAGCAAUUGAAUCAAAUCGUCCAAACGAAACGAUUGUUAAAGUCGAAACUUCAUUAUUAGAAACAAAAAAUUGUUCUUGUAUUUGCAAAUGUAAUAAUGAAAAAAUAAACUCAAAUGAUCAACCAUUAUCAAGAAAUACUCGUUCAAAAUCAAAAUCUAUUGCUGAUCUGAGUGCAGCGAUAAAUACAGGUGUAGUAGAAAAAUUGGGAACUCAUAAAAAUGAUCGAUAUUCAACGUUGACUAAUCAUGAUUCUUUUGAAAAUGUUUCACUUAAUCAGACACAAAAAUCAACUAAGGAUCCAGAUAUUAGUGAAGAACAAAAUAAAGCAGAAGCAAUAUCAUGCAGUACUUACUUUGGUCAAUGUCCAUUAAAGUUUGAUGGAGCAUAUGGUCUUACUAAAGCAAAACAUUCCAUUGAUUUUUGUACGAAUAGACGUUCGCGUCGAAUCGGAUUAUAUUGUCAUUUUAUGGGUAAACAUCAGUUAAAAGCUGGUUGUGCUCGACGUUUAGUAGGAGCUAUUGUCAAAAAUAAAGAUCCUAUGAUAACAAAAUUAUUUGAUGAAAAUGAAGAUGUUAUUAAUCAUUUUUAUAAAAUUUCAUGUCCUUUUCAUAAUGGAAUGAUUAAUUUAUUUGGAUGUAAUAAGAAAACUAUAUCACAUGUACCAUGUCGAUUUCGUUCAGUUAUAUUUAGUACAUUGAAAUUUCAUUUAAAACAUUAUCAUCAUCUUUCUGGUGAAUUAGCACAAGCAUUAGUUAAUUAUUUUAAAGCAAUUCAUAUGAACAAUGAUAUUACUGUUACAUAA